AUGGCCGGCGACGUGCACGAGAAUGUCUUCAGCGAAGAGCAGCUCUUCACUCCAGAUGUCCGGGGCGAAGACGAGGACUAUCCUGGUGAUCGUAGGAUCGUGCCGCCGGAGUGGUCCUCGGCCAUUGCACUCGCGAAGUCGGCUGCAAAGCCACGAGAGGUGCGUCCUGUUGGUGACGAAGCACCGGCAGCAUCUGCCGCGGGCCGUCGGCGGAAGAGGGCUGCAGAUCGAGCCAAGAAGAUCCUCGUAUGGCUCGAGAGCAAGUACGAGAUCCUGCCAGAGGUCUGUGCGGAGUUUGAGAACUGGAAAGAAGCUUCCUCUGCGAAUGCCGACUUCGACCUCUUCUGGUGUGAUUGUGCCGUACCAGCAGACAGGUUCAUGAAGCUCAAGACAUACCAGAAGAUGAAUCACUUCGUGGGGAUGAGCUCCAUCACCCGCAAGAACAAUCUGGGUCGCAAUUUGCUGCGGAUGCGAAAACAGUUUCCGAAGGAAUAUCGAUUCUUCCCAGACACGUGGAUCUUGCCGACCGACAUGUCAGACUUCAAGCAACAGUUUGCAGCCGCGAAGAAGCAGACCUUCAUUAUCAAGCCGGACAAUGGCUGUCAGGGCAAAGGCAUCUUCUUGAUCCGCGACGUCGAGAAGGUUCCGGUCGACUUUUCCUCUACGUACGUCGCGCAAAGGUAUAUCAGCAAGCCGCUGUUACUGGAUGGCUACAAAUUUGAUCUUCGGCUCUAUGUUCUGGUGAGUGGCUGUGAUCCGCUGCGGAUUUUUCUGCACAGGCGAGGGCUUGUGCGGCUGGCGUCAGAGCAGUAUGUGGAGCCUACGAAGAACAACUUGUCGGAAGUCAUGGUGCACCUCACCAACUAUGCGAUCAACAAGAGCAAUCCCAAUUUCGAGGAAAACACGAAUCCUGAUGAUGCGCAAGAUGGUCACAAAAGAAGUUGGGAGGCUGUGCAAGAGCACCUCCGGCAAGAGGGACACGAUGUUGACACCCUCCUUGCAGAGAUCGAGGAUCUGAUCGUCAAGACACUGAUUGCUGUUCAACCUAGUCUGUCGCACUUCUAUCACAGCUGCCAGCCAGACGAUGUGUACAACGGCAUGUGCUUUGAGAUCUUGGGCUUCGAUGUGAUGCUGGACCAGAAGCUCCAGCCCUGGCUCUUGGAGGUUAACCAUGCACCUUCUUUCGCCACGGAGUCAGAGCUGGACAGACUGGUGAAAGAGGAGGUCUUGCGAGACAGUUUCAACUUGUUGGACUUGAAUCCGGAAGCACGCCGACAAAAGAAGCGAGAGGCAAGAGAGAAAAUGGAGCAGCGGGCCAUGGGAAUGGCCAAGAAGUACUGCAUUGAGGAUCGUGUGACGCAGGAGCGUGAGUUCGCAGUACUCCGCACUGAGUGGGAAGAUCAGCAGCUACAGAGUGGCGAGAGCGGGUACAAGAGGCUCUAUCCAUCUCCAGAGAAAGAGAAGGAGUAUUGGCAGGUGCACGAUGCUGCGAUUAACAUCUGGGAGAUGCUGAUGGGCGGCACCUUUCGCCGAGCAGUGCGACUAUCCGACCCCGUCGAGAAGCCGGCGAUUGAAGACAGGGCUGACAGCAAGGCUCGUGCAGGCUCUGCCAAGACAGGAAACGAGGAAACUCCAAAGCCGGAGGCGAAGCGCACAGCUGAGGAGAUCCGCGAGGUGGUGGAGCGCUUGGCACAGGGCUGCAGCGCCCGACCCCGGCGCAAUGCCUCGAGACGCCGCUCUGGGAAGGAGGAGGAGAAGGAGGAGAGCGCCUCCAUAGGAGCGCCUCCAGCUUCCGAAGAGCCGCUCGAGAAGACUGCGCAGCCGGAGAAGAGGAACCACACCAACAGGUACGUGGAUGUUCAGGUGGGAGAUGUUAUCAAAGUGCAGACCAACUUGGGCUGGGAGACGGUGACAGUGAGGGCUAAGCGUCCCGGCACUGGCAAGAUCGAUAUCCAGUUCAAGGAUGGAGAGUACAUGCGGGCUGUCAUGCCCCGGAUUCUGCGCAACGGCGAGGGUCAGCCAGUGAAAGAGGCUGCUAUGCCAGAGGGCCAGACCUCGCCGACCUUGCCGGCAGCUCCCGGACGCAUCGGACGUCUUGGAGGCAGCUCUGCACCGACGGCUCCGGUACCGACCUCACAAACCGGAGCAGUGCCUCAGAAGCUAGCAGGAUACACCCGAGGUGGCAGCAGUCCUGCCGGCAACUCCAGAGGACAUCCCUUGCCUGCAGCUGCCAGUGAUGAAUUCACCUCCGAGUCCGCUGUGGUCGCAGCCCAGGAUGCGCUCGUCGGCGUGCUUUUGGAAGGUUGCGGUGUUACCGAGAUGAAGGAUGGAGGGGAAGCCGUCGUUGGCUAUUCCGCCCCGGCAGGUGAUGGUUUGCCGAGCCCUUCGGCCAGCACUGUGAGUGCUCCAGGACGUGGCGGGCGCUCGGUGCCACCCCUGGGAAACCGGGCUCCAGCAGUCCGGUUGAAACAGCACUUGCAGCAGCUGAUCUCAGCGCGGCCGAUCAUCGCUCCAAAGGUGGGCCGAAGUGGCUCGAUCCCACGAACUCAGCAGACAGCUCCGGAACCCCUGCUAGGCCAUGGCCUCAUCGGAUCCGCUCUGGCUCCCAAGGAGAGCAAGGCAGCCAGGAGACGUUCAUCGGACACAUAG